AUGGAGGAUGGUGCACGAACACAACUCACUGCCGCAUCAAAACUUGCAUUACUCAAGGAGCGCAAUGCCUCCUGGGAGGCAUUGCAAUGGGCAGAGUCACAAGACUUAACACUGCCCCAGGGGGACAAUAUGGCCUGGGAAUUGUGUGCAGGCGUGUAUGCACAGUUUAGUGUGUCGGGCGCUAGUACUAUGCGUCUGUAUCGACUCCCUUCGCAGUGCCGCAACAUUCCAGCCAGUUCAUGGAGGAUACCCUUACUUAGCGACACCAAGGACUUUACAAUGGAUCCCGCCCAAGAUCUCCUGGUGCUUGUUGAGAAACCUAUCCUGAUCAUCCAAACAUGCAACGAGUUCCUCGCCAUCUUAUUUAUUGUUAAAAACAAUACUUCAGAGCUCGUUGUCUGGAAGUGGAAGAAAGGCGAACUGGUACUGAGAUCCUCUAGUCGCAAAAUUACCACCUUCGCCUUCCUCACACCUCACCUUCUGUUAGUGGGAACGGUGAUGGACGAGACUGGAGUCACGGAGCCUCGACUUUUCGUUCUGGACAUAUCAAAACCUUCCACCAACAAGGUUGCCCUCACCGAUUAUGUUUGCGUUUUUGGAUUCCCAUCUUUUGACUUUGUGGUUAGUCCUAUGAGGAUCGUAAUUUGCUCUGACCCAUCGCCCGAAUGGAAGCCUAACCCAGAGGCACAUGUUCCCUUCUCCAUAGCACGUGGACAACGACUCUUCCUCAUUACCACUUGGGUUAAAGAGAACCAGGAAACCGUCUCAUAUGACCUAUUCGUACCAGCAAACAUAUUGUUAUCUUCUGUCAUGGCCCUUACUCCACAGACUCGUCGACGUGUUAUCAACUGGAACGAGUGGGGUCCCACAGGUACCCGCUUUUUGAAGUCCCCACCUCACUCUCAUGUCUGGACCGGAUACGUGUUUGGAAGCAGAUUUAUUUCACUCGUAACAUCACCCAAAGCCACUGCAGGUCGACACUCGCAGACCUUACAAAUCUGGGAUUUCAACCAACUUGCAUUGAAGCGAGCCGCAGCGUUGGGCUUUGAGAAGGAAAAUAUGCGUCUUGUAAACGACACAACAGUCGUAAAGGACAAGAUGUUCGUUGAGAGGGUCCGUACGAGCCUUCCUUACUCAAUUACCACUCGCACACUUCCUCCUCCUCGCUCCCCCGGAGAACCGACAUUCACUGAUGCAAUGUGCGGCGAAGAUAGUAUUUUACUUCUAAAGUAUGACCUUCAUCACCGUCAUCUUCGCAUUCUGACAUUCUAG